AAAGAAUGCAGGUAUCAUAAAUAUUCAACCUAACUUCCGCUCGGGCACGGGAAAUGCAGCUCCGCACCACUCUCUAACACUGUAAUGGGCGCAGCGAAUCUGGAACAUGCAGACGGGCAAGUACGUGGUGGCUGGUAAGAGUAUCUAUCACGGCGGUUCUUUCCCUGUCGUCAACGAGCUAAAAAUCACAGGCGGAGACAAACCUGUCGCAAAAGCUUGUGUAGUGCUAAAGAAGAUAUCCUCGCGGAACAUUGCAUCAUUUUCGGUCGUUGGACUGGUCAAAGAACAGAUUGAGUGCUGCGAGAGACCGUGCCCGCUCAUUUCUUACAAAGCAAACAAACCCGCUGACUGA